AUGGGCGACCAACCCCCAGCCCUGCCUCCCACCCCCGCCUCCGGCCAGACCACCUUCGACGCCCGCCUCGCCUACAUACAGUCCUCCUCCUCCCAGGUCCCCACAAGGCAGAACUCCUACAACUAUCCCACACACCUCAACCCAUCUCAUGCCCGGACCCAGGGCCCCUCCCAGGGCCCCUCGAGACGGCCAUCUCUUGAAGGAAGGCCCGGUCACGCAACCCAUCCUUCCAUGUCCAAUGCCCCUCUACUCAACGGGAACGCCCCCUCGGCACUUGCUCACCCCGGCUGCGUCCUCUGUGGGCUGGUCAGGUCGUGUGGAAGCAACCCUCCGUCACCUAUUCUCUCCCCGCAACACGACACAUCGUUCAUGGCGUCCUCCUCCCAGACGCCUACCACAGCAGGCAGCUUCUCACAAUCUCCAUACCCACUUCCAUUCGACAGAGGAGGUGCAUCUAGCCCUUCACCUGACGGUAGGCGUACGGGGAACAGAGUAGGAGGAAGAGACAUUGUCUAUGGCGACAAGGACAUCACCAUCUACAAGGCCGAGGGAAAAGAGCGCCUGUGUCAAGAUGGAAGGCAUCUCAUUAUUGUGGUCAACGAGCAUUUGCAAAGCGUGUAUGAAUUUGGGGCUUCCGAUAUUCCCCUGCUGAGCCAUAUCAUCGAUACCGCCGUCCAGAUCCUGAAUUCUGCUGCUUCCGCGUCCCUUGACGAUGAAGAACGGGGCAAGGAGAAGGACAAAGUUCAGGUCGGGUUCGUGGGGUCUCUCAUGAAGGAUCCUCAGUCACCCUAUGCGCAUCUCCAUGCCCACGCCUAUCUUCCGCCGAUCGACACGAAACUCGCUGGUUCGACUCUUUGGCGCCGAAAUGUUGUAUUUGGAUCGCUGAACUGGUGGAGCGUUGAGGAUCUGCGAGCAGAAAUCAGAGAGGCUACCUCCAACAACAGAGUCAAAACUGGGUAUCAACACCGGGAAGCUCCGAUCAAUCAGGUGCCAGAUGCUGGCUCAACUGUGCGCUCUUGGUCUACUUUGUAUGAUGGGACAGUGCUCACUACCAAACAGGCUCCAAUCUAUUCCAAUGAGAGCGACUAUCAUGAUGCCCCUUCGCCCUUGCUUGCCCCAGGGCCGCUUCACCGUCCCCCCUCCCGCUCACAAUCACGCUCACCAGGAGCUUCGAGCUCAAAAUCUCCUCCCCCUCGCCCCUCUAGCUACCCCAUGACCAACAUGGCAGGAGGCUCAGAUGUAUCAUCCCGCACCGUCACGCCCUCGUCGGCAAGGGGCUCGGGAGAUGUACGCCGGCAUGGAAAGGGUAAGGCGAGUGAAGAUUUUGAGAAUGUCGAGAUGGAAGACAGCCGGAGGUCGCGAGAGGGUUUCGUGUAG